AAAAACACUACCUUGUCGAAAUAAGGAAAAGGUAGUUACUCUUCAACUGUCCGGUGAACACAGCUGCUUAUUCUCGGUCGGCCAAACUGUAAACAUAAUUCUCUCUCUCUCUCUCUCUCUCUCUCUCUCUCUCUCUCUCUCUCUCACUGAAUCAUCAUCCCCAGCAGGCAGCAGUAAAUACAGCAAGCGUAAUCUCCCAAAUGCUAUGUUCGCUCUUUUAAGGUUGUUGAUGACGGGUUUGUUGUCAAUCAUCAAUGUGUACGCGUCCCAAUUGAAGCUGAUAUUCAGGAGGAGAAGUGCACUGAGAUAUUAUUCUUCUGUGAAUUCAGCACUAUCUUCCAUAACUCUGUCAGAGGAUGAAACCUCAACACUUGAAGAUACUGUUGCUGCUGAUAAUGGUUUUUUUCUGAAUGCAAAAAGCUAUCCUACUGACUUUAGAGGAAUAAACGAACUUUAUUGUGGUGGAGACGACGUUUGUGAGCCUGUUGACACUGGUUUCUCGUUUUCCAUUAAUGAGAGACCAGAUGAAGAUGAAAUGAAAAGAUUAAUGUUAAUACUCGCAAAGCGCGGAUGGAAUCUUGGUUGUCAAAAUGGGUAUAAUAUCUAUCUGAAUCAGUUGAACAUUAUAGAGCUUUUGAACGAUCUGUUUGAGGAGAGUUUGGAUGCUAAACUUGUUCUGUACUUCUUCAAGUGGUCAGAAUGCUGUUCUGGAUCAAAGCAUACAAUACGAACCAUAUGUAGAAUGAUACAUAUUUUGGUUUCUGGAAACCUGAAUCAUAGAGCAGUGGAUCUGAUAUUGCAUCUUGUGAGAAAUCAUGGUGACGAGGAGUCAUGCAAUUCAUUGCUAGAAGUCCUUUAUGAAACCCAUAGCGAAAUAAGGGUGUUAGAAACCACAUUUAGCACACUUGUCAAUGGUUAUAUUCAGGAAGGCAUGGUGAACAUGGCUUUAAAAAUAGCAUGUCAAAUGAAGCACCUAAACAUCUUUCCUUCAAAAGGGGUGUGUAACUCACUACUGCAGGCAUUAUUAGGAUCAAAGCAGUUGGAAUUGGCAUGGGAUUUUCUGGAAGUUAUGCAGACAAGAGGGAUGGGUUUAAAUGCAGCUAUGAUGAGCUUAUUCAUUAAUAAGUACUGUAGUGAGGGUGAUCUGGAAAGUGGUUGGAAGUUGCUGUUGGAAAUGAAAAAUUAUGGGAUUCAACCUGAUGUGGUGUCAUUUACAAUUGUUAUUAACUCACUUUGCAAGAUGUCUUAUCUGAAUGAAGCCACCGCUUUAUUGUUUAAGAUGACUCAAUUGGGUAUUUCUCCUGAUCCAGUUCUACUUAGUUCAAUUAUUGAUGGUCACUGUAAGCUGGGGCAGACAGAGGUAGCAAUUAGCAUAUUGAAGAUUUUCAAUACUCCCCUCAAUAUUUUCAUAUACAAUAGCUUUAUUUCAAAGUUAUGCACAGAUGGUAAUAUGGUUGAAGCUUCUAGCCUGUUUCAUGAGAUGUCUAUGUUGGGCUUGCUCCCUGAUUGCUUUUGUUACUCUACUAUAAUUGAUGGAUACUGCAAAGUGAGAGACAUUGAUAGAGCUUUUCAGUAUUUUGGGAAAAUGUUAAAAAAUGGAAUCACACCAUGUGUUACCACAUACACAUCCCUCAUUGAUGCUUAUUGCAAGUCUGGAAACAUGGAAAUGGCAGAAUAUUCGUUGCAAAAGAUGAUUUCAGAGGGUUUGGCACCUGAUAUUGUUACAUUCAACACCUUAAUGGAUGGCUUUGGUAGGAAGGGACACUUACAAAAGGUUUUUGGGCUUUUAGAUAUGAUGAAUUCUUCCAAUGUUUCACCUGAUAUUGUGACAUAUAACACUCUCAUUCAUAGUCUUGUCACAAGAGGAUUUGUAAUCGAGGCAAAAGAAAUUUUGUUUGAGCUAAUCAAAAGGGGUUUCUCUCUGGAUGUGGUCACAUUCACAAACCUUAUAGAUGGGUUUUCAAAGAAGGGGAACUUUGAGGAAGCCUUUUUUGUGUGGUUCUACAUGAGCGAGCAUGAUGUGAAACCUGAUGUAGUGACAUGCAGUGCUCUUCUCAAUGGAUACUGUAGAGAGCGUCGAAUAGAAGAAGCUAAUGUUUUGUUUCACAAGAUGCUUAAUAUUGGAUUACGUCCAGAUCUGAUACUGUACAACACUCUGAUUCAUGGGCAUUGUAGUUUUGGGAGCAUGGAUGAUGCAUGCACCUUGAUAAGUUUGAUGAUUGAACAUGGUAUCUUUCCUAAUUACAUUACUCACCAGGCACUUGUCCUUGGGUUUAGAAAAAAGAGGGUAAUGAAUCCAGUAGAAACUGCAAAUCUUAAGUUGCAACAGAUACUGCUCAAAUAUGGUAUUCAAGUUGAUGUUGAUGAAUAUAUCUGAGAGAGCAACCAGGAAGCUGCAAGCAAUUACCAGCUUGACCAGAGUACUAGAUGCUCAGGUGUUCUCACUUCUCAUAACCCGAGCGGGAGCUGAAGUCAAGCACUAGCUUGAUGCUUGGGGUGUUCCUAUGACAUCAGCACUAAGCGCAUGCUUUGCUUGAGCACUAGCUCAAUGCUCUGGAUAUUAUCUCAUGCCCCAUGCACAUGCUUUGACUUGGGCACUUUGAUCACAGAACAGAUUAUGAGUUACCAGUAGAAUCUUUAAGAUCUCCAGUUACCUGAUGUCAAGCUUAAGGAUCAUGAAUGGACUCACUGAAAUUAUAAGAGAUAAGGGGCACUUAAAAAUGCUCAGACCACUGCAGUGUCAAAGAUGGAUUUUCUUUU